AUGGAUAGGGCAUUCAAUCCCGACAUCCAAGCUUUUCUCGUGACCACAGCCUCUCAUCUCUCAUUGGUCCCUACUUCAUCCAAUAUGCUCCUACUUGACAACUCAUCCACUCACUCACCAUGUCUAUCUACUUGCGUGAUUGAGUGCUGGUCCGUUAUUGUUUCCCAUCUUAAAUAUAGAGCAUCUAUUUGCUGCUUCUGCAUGAAUAUGUGCUCUUCGGCCCCAACACUGCUCUUUGCAUAUGCAUGUGGAAGUAGGCAUAGUACCACUUCUUCUCUUCAUGGCCAUGCACUCAAUGAUAUCGCUGAGGUAUCGUUGGAUCUAAGGGUUGUACCUAUCAUAAUUCUACUAGAGUAA